GAAACAUCCACGCCAUCAUGAUGAGCAAGAAGGGCUCGUCCUCGGGCUUCUUCUCGGGCUUCAUGCCGGGCGCCAAGAGCAAGCCCUUGUCCCCGCCGACGUCGCCGACGCCAUCCGAGCCGCAGCCGGAGAAGGCAGCCGGCAACCCGUUCGCGGCCAGCGACCCAUGUAACAGUACGCGCAAGGAGCCGCCGACGUCGCUGCCCCCGCCGCUCGAGAGCGAUGCGGCCCAUGCGCGGCCAUCGCUCAACCCGUUUGCCAAUGCGAUGAGUGGCGCCAUGUCGAUGAUGUCCCCGCGCGGGAGCUCGGCCACGUCGUCGGCCGAGAGGCUACCGCCGCGGCCUCAGACGACGACGAACGCGGAGCGGCCGAUGGGCUCCAACAGCAGCUCGUCGAAUGGCAGCGCGUCCAAGCUGCCGAGCCAAGGCAGCUUUAGUCGCCCGAACGCAGUCAAGUCACCGUCGAUGAUGUCGAUGAUGUCGAGCGCGACGUCGUUUGCGACAUCGAUGCUCCCGUCGACGCCGUCGUCGGUCUCCAAGGUCACGUCCGCGCUCACGUCGAUGCCCUCGUCCGUCAUGACGCCGGUCGGGAAGGGCCUCGGCACGCUGACUUCGGCAGCCGGGUCCGCCAUGGCGCCGGUCGGGAAGGGCCUCGGCACACUGACCUCGGCGGCCGCGGGGUCGCUCACGUCGGCCGCCGAGACGGGCCUGAGCAUGAUGAUGCCGACGGACUUUCCGACGCUAUUUGCGCAGCGCAAGGCCGACAUUAGCGGCUUCUACGACCCGUCGAUGGACGACGACGGGGCCGAGCACGUGGCCUCGGAGGAGGCGCGCGAGUACAUCAACGUGUGUGGGCACAACCUGCACUCGGUGCUGAGCAACCCGCGGGGUGGCAACUGGGGCGACGCGUUUCUAGAUGCGUUUACGCUGCCCGGCGAGACGGAGCUCACGAUCACGUCCAUACUGAACGCGCCAGUCAUCAGCCGUCGGGAUUUCGACCCGUUCAUGAAGAGCCUCGGCGAGGCGAGUGCCAUGUACACCAAGAACCACGAGCGACCGGUGCGCGAGCAGCUGUCGUCGGCCAACGUGCCAUCGGUUGCGGCCGCCGACGAGGACGUGCAAAAGUGCUUUCAAGAAGUUCCGAGCAUGUACUUCAAGCCCGAGUACGACUUUACGGACCCGCAAACGUUCCACCACGUGCUCCAAGGCGCGUCGGUCCAAGACACGCAAGACAAGCUCUCGGGGUAUUUGGACCGCGUCGAAGUGAGCUUGCUUCGCCAAGUGUCGUCGCGCUCGGACCGCUUUUUCGAAGCCUCCAAUUCGCAAAAUGAAAUGAAAAAGCGCGUGACCCAAGCCUGUGACCAAGUCAAGCACCUCCGAGCGACGAUGGAGCGGCUGCGCAACUCGAUGGCCGACAAGUCGCUCGCCAUUUUGCAGCUGCAUCGGCGCCAGAAGCGGCUCGCCGAGCUCCAGGAGAUUGUGCUGCAGAUUGAAGAGAUGAAGCACACGGAGAGCAGCGUCGAGGCGCUUGUGCACGGCCACGACUAUACCGGUGCGCUGGAUGCGAUCGACACGGCACUGCGCACGACGAGCCAGCUCGCGGGCAUUCAUUGCGUCCGGUCGCUCGGCGAGAAGCUGCAGACGUACCGGUCGUUCAUUCGGAGCCAAAUGAGUGCGCGCUUCUUGGCCAUGGUCACCGGUACUGACUGGGUCUUUGAUCCGUCGUACGACGCGGCAGGCGCGGCGAGCAACCCUGUCUUGGCGCAGAGUCUGGCGCUCAAGCAAGACCAGACGCGCGAGGAAAUGAAGGCGCUCAUGGACGCGCUCUUCCGCCUCGAGGCCAUUCCCGAGACCAUGAACAAGUACCGUAGCCAGCUCACGGACGAGAUCAAGAUCGUGGUCAAGACCGUCGUGAGCGAGACGAUCGAGUCGUCGUCCACGACCAAGCCCGGAGACGGCGCCGAUGCCAACGUGACGGUCCAGCUGCGCGCGUUGACGUCCGAGGAGUUCCUCUCGUGCGUCGAGAUGAUCUUUGAGCACCUCUUGAUCGUGCUCCAGCGCGCCAUGUCGGUCCAGACGAUGCUCGCCGCCACGUUCCACGUCGACGUCAGCACGCCAUGUGACGAGCAUGACAAGGAGAGCAGUAGCAGUACAACGACGACGACGGUGACGGACGAGUGGUCUCCGGACGCAGCGCCCGAAGCCGCCGACAAGCUCGCCGAGUGGCAAGAGACCAAAAAAGCCGCUAAAAUCGUGCGCGAAGUCGAAGAUGCGAUUCGGAAAACGUGCGAGUUCUCGCAGCGCAGCGUGAGCAACCUCUUCGCCGUCCGAAAAGAAGUCCAGGCCACGUACACGAUGCCGCAAUUGCGAUCCCUCUACGAUGCGACCAUGAGCUUUGUCGUCAACCUCGAAAAGUCGACGGGCAAAACCGACUACACGCUGCGCGGCGCGCUCUUCAACCAAGUGAAGUUGUUUCUGGAAAAGUACCACCAGAGCCAGAUCAACAAACUCGUCUCGACGCUCAACCACGAGCUGUGGAAGAACGCGGAAAUCUCCGCGUCGCGCCACGCCAGCCUCUUGCAUUUUGCCCAAGGGAAAGGCGUCUCGCUCGUCCUGUCGCACGACCACGUGGUCGCGGCCGAGACCGCGCCGCCGCUCAAGCAGCUCACACUCUCGUCGACGCUGUCGUUCCGCGUCGUUUGGUCCGUGCUGCUGACGCUUGAGAUCCUCAUGAACUAUGUGAGCUUGGCGGCCAAUUUCCCAGUCGUCGCAACCGACAUUGUGCAGCGCUCGAUCGAGAUGCUUCGGCUCUUCAACUCGCGGACGACUCAACUCGUGCUGGGUGCCGGCGCCAUGCAAGUGGCCCACCUGAAGAGCAUUUCCGCCAAGCAUCUCGGCCUGGCGUCGCAGUCGCUCGAGGUCAUUGUCGCGUUCAUUCCGCACAUCAAGUGCCAGCUCGCGCUGCAUUUGACGCAGCGCCAAAAGCUGCUGCUCGACGAGCUCGACAAGGUCACGCACGACUACGUGGAGCACAACAACAAGAUUUUCGGCAAGUUUAUCAGUAUUGUCGAAGACCAAAUCAUGAAGAAGGCGCUGGAAGCGAUCGCAACCGACGUCGACUACGACGUGAUCGCUGUGCCAAGCGCGCCGCUGCGGAGCAUUGCCGCCAACACGGUUAAGCUGUACCAAGUGCUCAGCCCCGUGCUGCCGUCGCUCCAGCUCCAAGUGGUCUUUUCGCGCGUCUUUGAUAUGUUUACGCACAAGAUGCCCGAGUGCUUCAAGGCCGUCGCGCCGCGCACGUCGGUCGGGAAAGCCAAGGUCAUUGAGGACAUCAAGGCGUUUGUCGCUGCCUUUCAGGAGCUCAAGGACGUGCAGUUUAAGGGCGACGCCCUUCUUGCACACUUUGCGUCGACCUAUAAAACCUAG